AUGCCGACUUUCGCUGGACCACCUCAACCAUACAGCACAAACUACGACAUUGUGGAUGAGUUAGGCAACCGGCAGUACCGCAGCGAGCAGGGGGAUGCCAACAACGUGAAGACCGGUUCAUAUGGAUACACGGACGUAUACGGCCUCUACCGUCGCGUUAACUACGUAGCCGAUGCCAAUGGCUUCCGUGCAACGGUGGAUACAAACGAGCCGGGUACAGCGCCCGGAGCCAGCGCCGACGUCGUGUUCAACGCCGCUCCGGUAGUCCCUCCGGUUCCAGGAGGAACUGCAGCUUCUGCAGGUUUUGGUGCUGCAAGAUACGGUGCUCCAGGUUAUGGCGCUAGGGCUUCGAUCCCGGGCUACAAUAAUGGAUACGGCAGAUACGGGGCCUACGGAGCCCCCGGUGCCUACGGCGGAUAUGGCGGAUACGGCCCAGCUGCUGUUGCCAACGGUGCCUACGGGUACGGUGGGUACGGGCGUUCCGGCUACUCUUCGUAUGGACAGGGCCUAGGAGGAUACGGCAACGGUGGAUACGCGCGUCCCAACGGCUAUGGUUCUGCCUUCGGGACUGGUCGAUAUGGCGCUGCGGGCUACGGCGGAUUUGCUGCUGGUUACCCCGGUUAUCGCCGUCGCGCCCAGAAGCAAGUGAUCCUGAACCAAGAGCAGCAGCUCCGGGAACAGCAGCAGCGCAAUGAAAAUGGAGCGCUCUCGUCCGACGACCAUGCACCACCCCACUUGAUCCACGCCCCCAAAACUUCGCUCCAGCAGUCCGCCAUCCUCCAGGUGCAGCCAAUACUGCCGCUGAACCAGCUCUUUCACAUCACCGCUCAAGUCGUCGAGAUUCUGUUGCCAGCAUCGCCUCUCACCGUUAACGCCGUUGACACCCGACAGUCCAGCAACACUCAGAUCAUACACACUCACUUCACUGCUUCGGUAGCGACUUGCUAUCGCAGUACGCUGAAAUACUCGCCACCAGUACGAAGAAACCGUAACAUGUUUCCCAGGUUUCAGCUGUUCCUCGCCUGCGUUGCGGCGCGAGCCAUUGCACAGAACAGCCAACAAACAACCGUGGGAUACCAAGAUCCAGGCUACGGUCGCCCCAUUGGCCCUGCGGUGGGCACUCCUUACCAGGGAUAUGCCGACUUCGCUGGACCACCUCAACCAUACAGCACAAACUACGACAUUGUGGAUGAGUUAGGCAACCGGCAGUACCGCAGCGAGCAGGGGGAUGCCAACAACGUGAAGACCGGUUCAUAUGGAUACACGGACGUAUACGGCCUCUACCGUCGCGUUAACUACGUAGCCGAUGCCAACGGCUUCCGUGCAACGGUGGAUACAAACGAGCCGGGUACAGCGCCCGGAGCCAGCGCCGACGUCGUGUUCAACGCCGCUCCGGUAGUCCCUCCGGUUCCAGGAGGAACUGCAGCUUCUGCAGGUUUUGGUGCUGCAAGAUACGGUGCUCCAGGUUAUGGCGCUAGGGCUUCGAUCCCGGGCUACAAUAAUGGAUACGGCAGAUACGGGGCCUACGGAGCCCCCGGUGCCUACGGCGGAUAUGGCGGAUACGGCCCAACUGCUGUUGCCAACGGUGCCUACGGGUACGGUGGGUACGGGCGUUCCGGCUACGCUUCGUAUGGACAGGGCCUAGGAGGAUACGGCAACGGUGGAUACGCGCGUCCCAACGGCUAUGGUUCUGCCUUCGGGACUGGUCGAUAUGGCGCUGCGGGCUACGGCGGAUUUGCUGCUGGUUACCCCGGUUAUCGCCGUCGCUAAUGGGAGUUUAGCAUAAGCUGAUAUCAAUAAAUGAUGAUUGUGAACAUAAACAAAGCUUAACGUUUUAUCAG